AUGUCAAGUUUACAGCGAGCUCCUAGUGUGUGGCUGAUUCGCAUUACCCUUUCCGGUGUUGGCAUCCAGCUUGCUCGAUUUCUUGCGGCAAAGGAGCGGGGGGAGUCGCUUGGACUGCUGCGGCAGUUGUCGUAUAGUUUAUUGCUGGUAGCUAAGUUGUUGAGGGAAUCUCCGUUGGUGACCAUUGAGGCGAUGAGUUCGGUGUGUUUUUUUGACAACUUGGUGGGUACGUUGCAGGUGGUGGGCCGACAGUACGAAGCUGCACGUACCGACGAAAGCUAUGUGCGAGCGCGAGCAGACGCACUGCGGGAGCUGCUGUCCGUCACGAAUUUGGAAACCUUUCGCGUGCGCAAGCUCUCUGAAAAGGUGCUUCACUUGCCCCGUCCACGUUUUGAUAGGCUGGCGGAUGAUAAUGCUGUGGACGAGUUUUUGCAUAGCUAUAUUAGUUUGCUGGAGACACAGCGUUUGGUUAGGACCACGGUAGAAGUGCGACGGGAUCCGGCACUACGCCGUGUGUUUGCGGAAAUUGAGCUGACAAUUAUUAAAGCGCUUUUGGAUGACCCCACUUUUCUCGCCCCCGCAUCCUGUAUUUACGAAGCCUUGAUGAAGUACACGAUUGCCUCUCUUCCUUUACAUGAAUUGGGUACAGUGGAGACGCAGAAUGGUAACCUCAUACGGCCGUUGAUCAAUGCUGGGCUGUACCGCAUCUUGUUUUACGAGCAAACCUUUAGGGCGUUUCGAGAAGACCCAGGCCUGCACUACGCGGCAGUGUUUCUGCUGCAUUACAUGCUCACACACCGCCUGACGUCACUGGAGGAUCACGUGGAAGAGGAGGUGGGAAUCACACUUGAGGUCUUCCUUAGCACUGACAUGGAGGAGGCAUCGCAGGAGGUGCAGCAGAGGUCAGUGCUCAUGUGUGCGAUCUUGCUUUCAGCUGUGUACGGCCCCAAUGCAGCUCAGGUUUUGGAGAUCAUCUUGCAACGCAACGCCAUAGCGAUGUUUGCCACGAUUGCCAGCAAGUCUAGUAUUUUCACUACGCAUAAGCAAGAAGGGGAUAUUGCUGGUGCUGCUAGUGGUGUCAGAGAAUGGGUGACAUAUCUUUUGAUGCAGUUAUUGCGUCAACCCGAGGUGCAGCAGGGAGUGUUGAUGAAUCAGGCCGAAAUUGCAUUAUCCCUUCUUACCGUACGAGGCAUCCGAGUAAACGCAGAGCAGAUGUUGGUGUCACUGCUUUCCCAUCGCUGUGUUGAGGUGGAGUAUACGCAACGGAUGACGCCGCUGGUAAAACACACCUGGGAGUUGGUUCGUCAAUGUGUGAGAAUAGAGACGGAGGGAUCACUUGUCGCUGCACCUAUCAACGCCGAUGACGAGGAUCAUCUUUUGCUAUCUAUCUUGUACUGUAUUCGUACCUCCAUCCAUGUUAUUGCUGUGGAUUUGCCUUGUUGGGGUUCUGUGCGACAACUGCAGAAUGUUCUCUGCGUUGGCGUUAUUAACACGCCGGAUCCUUUUUUUUGCCUGCUGCAUCGGGCAGUUCUGCCGUGGCAUGGUGUGCGGGCAUCACACGGUCUCGCAUGCAUUCUGCGGACAAUUGCCAUGCUGGUGCAGGGAAAUCCAACCUUGCGUGCUCGCCUUUUUCAAACCAUGGACGCAGAACAAAUGGUGACGUGUUUUCAAGGUGCAUGGUUUACUUCGCGUGGGGGGUCGUGGUUGGAGUUUGUUCGCCUCAUUCUUGUGCUUGUAUACGAGGAAGUGAGCGACAUAGAAGAGGGGAAUACGCCGCCCACGUCAAAGAGUAGGUCAAGCACCAAGACCUUGUUGGCGGAGCUUAAAGAAGACACUGUCAUACAAAAUCCCGAGUUGUUAUCGCCUCUGUUGCGUAUAUUUUCGAAGCUGAAGGAAUUUACUACGAAGCACCGAGACGCGUUGGAGUACCUUUUGGCCCGGCUCUUGCAGACCUUGAGGGCCUCGCUUAUCUCCUUGUGGAUGCUGGCAAAUGCGGGCCUGUUUGAGGUCUUGACGGCGUUGAUUCCUGUUGUCACUGGUACCGCGCUGCUUGAGAUGGUGCUGUCGCUGAUUAAGAAUAUAGUUAGCCACCACAUCAGUGUCCGCGAAGUAAAACAGUUUCUGAUUGCUAUCGCUCACACCGAGAAUGAGGAGGAGCGGCGCAGGUUGGUUCCCAUCGUCACUGAGGUGCUUAAUGUCGCCUCCUACAUGUUUUUUAAGCAACAGACAGAGCGGCAGAAUUACAUUGCCUUCCGCGAGCGCAGUGGACAAACGGGCGUGAAGGCCAUAUUGGCAGACUUCCCACAGGAUGGAUACACUGUGUGUAUGUGGGUGCGUAUGGAACGGCGUGCGGACUGGCGUAGGCCGCAGUGUAUUUUUUCCUUGCAAAACUUGGAGAGACGGACUGUAUUGGAGCUUGUCGCCACGGCCCAAGGAGUCUCGGUCGUAUUUCAGAAUGCAGAGAAGAAAGUCUUGGAGUUUGAUUUGAAUUGCAGCAUCCCGCCACAAACAUGGACACACCUGACGGUCGUGCAUCGGCAGGCGGCAUUCCCAUUCAAUGGGAAUGAAUUUUUAUGCUUCCUCAAUGGAGUAGAGGUUGCCGCGGUUUUUCAGGUUCAAUACCCGACAUUCUUGUCCGGUUUCUUCUACAUUGGAACACGUGGUGAGGACGUGCAACAGCGCUCUUCUAGAGCUUCUUUCACUGGACAAAUGACUGCGGUUUACUUUCUCCUGCGUCCAUUGUCGCUAAAGGAGGUUGUAGAUUUUUUUAAGGGAGACACGGGUGUGACGAGUGUAAAACAGUACGCUUCGCAAAUUGCCGUCUAUAUUGAUCCCCGGUUUGGCGAACGUGGUCAAGUUCACAAUUUGGCGACGCUGAUGCGUAGUCAAGCCUCCGGGUGGCCCUUGAUUACCUACGAAGGUACUGUCGCGUGCGGUACAAACAGUAUUAUUGAUGCUCUCUGUGUGCUUGGCGCACUACACACGGUGGCAGUGCCCUUGCUGGUUCUUCUGGUGAAUCCCCAACUCCCGUUUCAGUGCCGUGUACCGCCGGCAAAACGCAAGUCAGUGCCGGAGGUCACCCGUAAGGCGAUAGACGAUCUGUUGAAACUUGUGGAGUCGCUUCUGCUUAGCAAUAUUGUCCGUGCUGACGUGUUGGAGGUUGGCCUUUUUCCUAUUAUUGCCCAUGUUUUGCAGCAGUUUGUCGACUAUCACUGCUCCAACCUCGCCCAGCGCCUGGGAAACUUGUGCAACGCUCUUCUAUCAAAUGUUGCUAUUUUUGAUGCGGCGUACACCUCACUCUUUCUUUCGGGGGAGAUUUUACAGGCGUGUUCCGAGGAGACACAGCUGACAUUUAUCAAAACUCAGCUUGCCAUGUGCAGCGUAAACUGUGAGUUGUGCCGACGUGUGCAUGCGCUGGAAUUGCCCAGUUUUAUCGUGAGCGAGAUAAUUCACGUGUACAAUACGCUCUCUGGGCAUCACCUAUCCAUGCGAAGCGAACUCUUUGCCCUCUUGGAAGUUACUAUGGUGGAUCCACUUACAAUGAAUGAUGCGGAUGUUAUUCUGCGUCUGAUAACUGAUAGUGUAAAACAAAGUGAGCCGGCGGUAUUAUUUGAAAUUCUCGAACGUUCUCGCAUUUUGAUGGCGACACGUAACCCUCUUCUUGCUGCCUUUAUGGGUAAGAAGAACCUUGCUGCAGUUCUUAUCUCACUCCUAAAGGAUUCUUCUGCGCCAGUGCAAAAUGAGGCGUUAUUGCUAUUUUGCCUACUAGUAAGUCGCUCUCGGUGGACACAGGAGUUGCUGAAUCCCUCCCUAUUGUUUGCACGCGAGGCAGUCUACGUCGCCAGCGGGAUUUCACUUUCAUGGCUCAGGGAAACACUUCGCGCUGUGCCGGUGGAUGAUGAAUUGUACGCCACACUGCGUGCUGCUCUCACUGGUCGGUUUGAUGCACCCAUAAAGGAUUGUAUAGAGUUGAGAAGAGAGGACAAGCUUGUUUUUGCCCCUGCCCUCACACCACUGCUGCAGAUGAUGAAACAGUGUCAAGAGGUGGCGUUGAAGAAUCAAACCAUGUCCGAUGUUGCAGCGUUGUUGCAGCAAGAUCCAUCAGCGUGGAAAAGUCUCAUGUCGGUGCCAGGCUGGUAUGCGGGUUUUGUAGAUUUGUACCUUUCAGAAGAUGAUGCACGAGAUACGCAAUUACAGGAAGAGUCGCCUCUUUUAGCGUCAACAAAGACAAUAUUUGUCAGGUUGCUCUUUAAUGCGCUUCUUUAUGAGGCAUAUGAAGUCUCAGAACUGGAUCUGCUGGUGGCGUAUCUUGUGCAGCAGCGUGCUCAUGUGCUACUGAACGCAGUCUUGUUGGGAUUGGUAAAGGAGUAUAGUGUAUUGCUUUCCACUCGAUCUCACAGUUUUAAUGUGGGACACUUAGGCCUCGGCAGCCAGCAGGCAGUGACAAACUUCACAAUGUUUUUAUUUGUGAUUGAGGAUGUGUUGUUUUACUCAGCCACCACCUACCAAACAUACGCAGUGGCGCAGUCAGUGGAGUCCGCCUGGAAGCGUGGAUACACAGAGGAGGAGGAGCUUGUACUUAAUCCCAUGAAGUGCCACGCACACGAGUCUCAGCAUCGAUCCCAAGAGGAAGAAGAAAAAGAGGAAGAGGGAUUAAGCGAAAUGCCAGAGUAUCGUUUUUUUGUUGGUAGCAAGGCCUUGCAAUUUCGCAUUCAUCCUGAUGGAGUUUGGCUCCAUGCAGCUCUCGCUGUUAGCACCAUGCAUCUUAUUACGUCAUGUGAUGCGGUGCUUCUUUCUGGUGGUGCAACAAACAGCGGUGCCUCGGAUUCUCAUCAGCGUGGGCGUCAGUCUCGUAAAGGAGGCUUUUUGCGCUUUUUUGUGCGCCUUUUCCGCGUCACAUGCAACUUUACCUUGUGUGAUGCCGAGCAAGUGGAAGGCAUUUUGCUAGUGGCAGAGCGCUGGGUGUAUGCGGUGGAGAGGGCGCAAAGCUCAUUUCUGUUGUUUUGGCGUCAAGUGACGGAGCUGCGAGAGCACUCGCCACUCUCCGGUUCCAUGAUCAUGAUACUCAGCUUGCACGAACUUCUUGUUCGGCGUUUGCGUUUCUCGGUGGAGGGCUCCUCCACACGGUUUGCGGGCUUAAACCAUGAAAUCCUGAAUCGCAUCAAGGGUCUUUGUGUUCUGUACAGGAAGACUUUCUCCCAGAUGCAUAUAUUUCACACGGAAUGUCCCUCAGAUGAAAGUGCACCACAAACUCGCAAGGACACACUUUCCUGGCUGUGUUCCAGGAGGCGAGAGGAGUCCAUUGAAGAGUUUGUGGAUGUGGCGUCGCGACGGGACUAUGAUGUUUUUCUGCGUCACUGCACCCUCAUCAUGGAGCGGGCCCAAUUGACCGAAAAGGGCAUGGCACGGCUCAUUGAGAAGGAGCACGCAAAAGUCAUGGGACAGCUGCACAAAAUUAUUACGAGUUUAAGUGUGGCCCGUAGGCAAAUGCAUGAUGCACUGGAACAAUACCUGCAGGAAGUAUCUUUGGAAGCUGCAGGGACAGGGAUACUAACAGAACGAUUUGCCCCACAAACGGCGCGUACACUUGCCACGGCUGUGUUUAACACCAUCUGGGCCCGUUUUCUGGAACGGUGCAAGGGCACCAUCUGGGAUUUUGACCCUGCUGGACAACACAGCACCAAAUACGUCCGUCUCUUGGAAGUGGAGCAGCAGAAGCUUAUUCGUCGCAAACUGGUGUUUGAUGUCAAUGGGACAGACCACGCGAAUAUCGCACCUAUGGGAUCCUCCUCUACAGUUGUACAAGAGGCUGAAGAAGGGCAUCCAUGUUCUCGCAGUGGAGAGCGGAUGCUAUUAUCCACAGAACACUCUGAGAAGGGUGAAAAUGAAGAGGAACGAGAGGAAGAAGAGGAGGAACUAGGUGAGGUUGAGGUUUUUACUGUGGCAACGGGGGAGCAGCCAACAGUACACUUCUCGAUGGCGUGUGAGGUUCCAUACAUGAUGCACUGUUGGAGUGCGACUAUGAUGAUACGAGAAAGUGAUCUUUGUAUUUUUUUUGACGAUGAGAACAAGGCGUAUAAUCAGCGAGUUGCUCAGGAGGCGGAGUCGUUGCUGAUAAAGCCAGGCAGUAUCAUUUAUCCCUCUGCUCAUGUAAGGAUGUUGGCGCCAGGUCGCCGGUUUCGAAUGCAGCGGAGUGCCGUUGAAAUUUGGUUCAUUGAUGGGAGGAGUGUAUUGAUUAAUUUUGCCACACUUCCAGACAUGCGUGCGGCUGUGAGCAACAUACGUGCUGCAGCAGAGAGACAUAAAGUGCCCUAUUUACCUUUAUGUGUAUUCCAUAUGAAUCCUAAGAAGGACCCACUUCUCUGGCGAUGCAUGGAACAGUGGCGUGAGCGAGAUAUCUCUAAUUUUGACUACUUGUUGUGGUUAAAUUUUUUUGGUGGUCGUUCUCUUAACGAUCUCUCCCAGUACCCGGUCUUUCCAUGGGUUAUUGCUGACUACACCAGUGAAGAAUUAGACCUAACGAGCAGUUCCACGUUUCGUGAUUUUACACUGCCUGUGGGUGCACUUGGAGGUCCAAAGUGUCGCGCACGUGUGGAGAUGCGGUACGAGGUAGCUAAACAUCUUGGGGAUAUUCCAGCACAUUACUUUACACACUACAGUUCCUCUGCUGUUGUGCUUUAUUAUAUGGUCCGUAUGGAGCCCUUUACCACCUUGCAGAUUAUAUUGCAAGGUGGCCAAUUUGAUCAUGUGGAUCGUAUGUUUCAUUCGAUGGCUGCUUGUUGGCGUGGGGUGACGGCGAAUUCACAGGAUGUGCGAGAAGUUAUCCCAGAGCUUUUUUAUAUGCCAGAAAUUUGUAUGAAUACAAAUCGAGUUCGGUUUGGUUGUAAACAGGACGGAGAGGCGAUGGAUGCACUUGAAUUACCACCAUGGUCUCAUGGAGAUCCCUACGAGUUUAUUUACCGAAUGCGAGAGGCUCUUGAAAGCGAUUAUGCCUCCUCAAUGUUGCAUCAUUGGAUUGAUUUAAUCUUUGGAUACAAGCAACGUGGCAAGGAGGCCAUUGCCGCACUCAACGUGUUUAACAGGCACUCCUAUGAAGAUCUGGAUAGAAGCUGUGAGAGUGAUGUAGAUCGUCAAUUGUUUAUUGACUCCCUUGAUAAUAUUGGGCAAACUCCCAUUCAACUCUUCACGCAACGUCAUGUUGAACGACGCCCUUGCGAUGUGCUUGAUCUAGUAACUUGUUUGUUGAGUAUGGAGACAGUUGAUAUUCGAAGUCGGUGCUCCUGUGUGACUCGCGUGGCAGUAGUUGCAUCAAAUCGUCUUCUCGUUGUGGGUGGAAGUGGGACCGCUCUGCUUUUUCAUCUCACUUUUGGCCCGUCCGCAGAACGGGGGGGGAAGCAUAUCUCUGGCGGGGGACCUCUUGCAGCAGUGGCGACGGCAGGGCACUUAAGAGGGCUCACUGCCGGUGGUGGGCCUUCUGGAGUCCGUCAGGGUGGUGACUGUUUGCUGGAGCUUGAAAGUCGUACUGCACCCCUUCCCACCGGCGUGGUGCCAAGCACAAGUAGUAGGGCCGGUGGUCCGUGUGAGACGGAGAAUGUGGCGGUACUUUCUUUCGAUAAGGAGGUGUUUGUGGCCUUUGGUGGUCUUUUUGACAACACCUUUGUGAUACGUCCACUGGACUCCUCCUCCGUCUAUGUAGAGGAGCGCUUAAGUGCGCAUCGUGGCCGUGUUGUGCGCAUCACGGCAAGCGUCGACAGUCGGUACAUUGUGAGCGGCGCAGAGGACACCACCUUUAUUGUCUGGAGCUGCCAUUUGCAGCAGGGGCGCAGCAAGCUGCGCGUGGAACUCCUAUUCACGGUAUAUGGGCAUGAGGACAAUCCAACCGCGGUGGACCUUAGUCCCGCACUGGAUCUCGUCGCCACCGCCAGCAGAGACGGUGUGCUUAUGCUUCACAGUCUUACGAGUAGCCGACUCGAGCGCAGUCUGCGGCACCCAGAGAAGUUUGCUAUUGAUCGUAUCCUUAUUCAAGCGAGCUGCUAUGUACCAAACAUUUUAUACGCCUCCGCGAUGGAUCAUGUGAUACAUCAGAUUAGUGUCAACGGUGUGGCGCUGCGGUCGAUGACAGCGCCAGGACGUAUUACGAGUUGGUGCAUCACAUCAAAGCACUAUCUUCUCGUGACGACUGUGCCAUUUACAAAUUCGAAUGCAUCAGAGGAGUCGGGCGGAACAGUUCACUUUCUCCAUGGCUUUUUUCUCUCCUUGUUGAAAUCUGUGCCGUGCCCGUCGAGAAGUGUAUGCUCCACACUGACUUGCUGCACGGUUCAUCCUUCCAAACCGCAGGUAAUUGUGUGCGGCUCCUCUGAGGGAUGCUUGUAUCUUUUGCGUGCAGAGCUCUAA